AUGAUGGAGGCUGCGGAAUUUCGCCCUUGGUCAGAUCUUCCGCCAGAACUCCUGGGACUUGUUCUCAAGCGCCUCCCUUCCCUAGCUGACCGUGUUCGUCUAAGAGCUGUCUGCCACCCAUGGCGCUCUAAUAGUAUGUUGCAACCCCUUCCUCUCCCAUUUCCAUGGCUCACUCUCCCUGAUGGUACUUUCCUCAGCAUUCCAAACGGUGAGAUUCACCGCAUAUCUUUACCAGAAGGUGCGUGUUGCCAGGGCUCCAUUGGAAACUGGCUAUUCCUCACGCACAAUGAUGAUGUGUGCUACUUGAUGAACCCUUUCUCCAAGACCAGGUUGGAGCUUCCUAAGCUAGCCAAAAUAUGGAAGCGUGGAAUAUUGGAUCUUGAUUCUAGAUUUAGUCCAAUUUUCUACAAGUUGGUGGUGCCCUUUCCCCUUGACUCAUCGCCCUGUUCCCUUGUUGCUGCACUGAUCAUGGAUGAUAGUAACUGUGGUACACUUUGUAUUAGUGAACCACCGUUUGAGACUGACUCAUUCAGAGACGAUGAGCAUCCAGUUCUGCACCUCGGGGAUGUCGCAUUCUUUGAUGGAAAGCUGUAUGGGCUGUGCGGGUCUGGUCACCUUUUCAUCUUUGAAUUAGACAAGGAUCUUUUCAUUGCAUCCAUGGAGUGCGUAAUUCACUCUCUGGGUGACUUGGGUGGAACACCUCAAUCCUUGCCGAGAGAGGGGGCGUGUAUGGUAAGGGACUAUCUAGUCGAAUGUGGCGGUAGACUGUUGAUGGUGAUACGGUGGUUUCGCUCUACGGCCCGUCCAACAAGUGAUGACUGUUUAGAGCAUGACCGUACUGUUGCACUUGGGGUUUUUGAGGCCGAUCUGCAUGCCGAACCCGUUGGAUGGAGAACAGUAAGUGAUUUGGAUGGCCAUGCGCUCUUUCUUGGCCAACAUAGCUCCAAGUCCCUGCGUGCUGGAGAAUGCACUGGAUACCAAGAGGACUGCAUCUACUUCAUGUGUGACUAUCCCUGGCCGAAGUAUUCUGCAAAUCCUCUUCGCGACGCCGGUGUUUACAACGUCAGGAAUGAGACGUUCCUGCCGCUAAUGUCAGGGACCACCGCAGUACCACCACGUCACGCUGGCCAGUGGCGGCCGACAUGGUAUUUCCCUCCUGAAGCUGUAUGA